UGAGAAAGGAGAAGAAAAGAGUCCUGCUGCAUUCAGGGUUUCCCACCAGUAGGAAUCGACACAGGAACGUCCAUCGGUCGUCUUCGUUGUGCUAAAGUAAGCUGUGCCGGUGCCUCCCGGGGAUUGGUUUAAGGUACAGGUCUGGGACCGGAUCACCUCUCAGAAGUCUCAGCUGUCAUGUUUUUACGCUCCGUCCCUGAUUUGUGGAGAUAGAAACUAGGAGGUUCCGAGUUACGGAGCGCCGCGAACGCAGCAGUAAUACCGGAGUUUCAUUUGCGAAAACAAAGUGGACGCGUCUCCUCUGGACACCAGAAGCUCCCAGUCAGCCGUUUCACUUCCCCCCGCGGCUCUCAGGCGGUGAUGAGUUGAGAGGCUGCGUCUGAAGGCUGGGGAGGAUCAUGGAGGACGACUGCAGGCCGCUGCUGGCCGGGGGUCAGCCGGCAGACAGCUACACUCACAGGGGCUCCCUGGACUCGCUGGACCCCAAACCCAAAAGGCCCUUCCACGUGGAGCCCAGGAACAUUGUGGAUGAUGGAGAGGAGAGGAUCUCUGCUGAGGCGGCCAUCCUCAACAGCAGAGUGCAUUACUACGGCAGGCUGACCGGCUCCUCUGACCGACUGCUGAGUCCUCCCAACCACGUCAUCCCCCAGCCAGAGAAGCUCUACGUCUACAGUCCCCUGGGCACAGCUUUUAAGGUGUCAGACGGUGAGGCUGCCCCCAAAAACCCCAGCAUCAUCACCAUCUUUGCUAUAUGGAACACAAUGAUGGGCACAUCCAUACUCAGCAUACCGUGGGGCAUCAAGCAGGCAGGUUUCACUCUGGGGAUCUUCAUCCUCAUCUUCACUGGCCUGCUCAUGCUUUACUGUUGUUACAUCGUCCUUAAAUCACCAAAGAAUAUAAGUGGUGAGAACACAUCCGACUGGGAAUUCCCUGAUGUUUGUAGGCACUAUUUCGGGAAGGUUGGUCAGUGGUCCAGUCUGUUCUUCUCCAUGGUGUCUCUCAUUGGAGCCAUGGUGGUCUACUGGGUCCUCAUGUCCAACUUCCUCUACAAUGCCGGGCAGUUCAUCUACAAUAAAGCUCUAGAUGUCAACGUGUCAGAUUCAGACUUUGGGACCAAUGGCUCAGAUAGAGUGAUCUGUCCCUAUCCCAACACCAACCCUGAGGGGAACCACACCUCCAGCCUCUUCUGCCGCGGCAGCACUGGGAACAGCUCCUCUGACCCCAGCUCCUUUGAGACCUACUGGAGUAAAACCAACUACAUCCCCCUUUACCUCAUCAUCCUGCUGCUGCCGCUGCUCAGCUUCCGCUCCGCCUCCUUCUUUGCCAGGUUCACCUUCUUGGGCACCAUAUCUGUAGUCUACCUGAUCGUGCUGGUCACUAUCAAAGCUGUCCGCCUUGGGUUCCACCUGGAGUUUCACUGGUUUGAUGCCUCCCAGUUCUACGUUCCAGAGUUUCGGCAGAGCUUUCCACAGCUGACUGGCGUCCUCACUCUGGCCUUCUUCAUCCACAACUGCAUUAUUACUCUGAUGAAGAGCAACAAACACCAAGAGAACAAUGUCCGGGACCUCUCUGUGGCGUACGUUCUCGUUGGGCUGACUUAUCUUUAUGUGGGAGUCAUGAUCUUUGCUGCCUUUCCUUCGCCUCCUCUCUUCAAAGACUGCAUUGAACCAAACUUCUUGGAUAACUUCCCCAGCAGCGACGUGAUGGUCUUUGUGGCUCGGACCUUCUUACUCUUCCAGAUGAUCACCGUCUACCCCCUGUUGGGAUACUUGGUACGGGUCCAGAUCAUGGGACAGAUCUUUGGAAAGCAUUACCCCAGUUUCUUACACGUUUUCACUCUGAACAUCCUCAUCGUUGGAGCCGGGGUCCUCAUGGCCAAGUUUUCGGGGGCCACGUGUGGGCUGGCCCUGGUGUUCGUGUUUCCCGCCUUGGUCCACAUGAUCUCCCUGAAACAGCAGAGGAGGCUCAGCUGGCCGUCCGCCGCCUUUCACAGUUUCCUCAUCGUUCUGGGCAUCGCCAACCUGGUGGCCCAGUUUUUUAUGUAAGAAGCAGUGGGCUGAUCCUUCAGAGAGUCCACUGGCCCAAAGACGGCUUCAUUAAAUCAGACUCACCACUUAGAAAAUGUGAUGACGUUUUAGGGUUCUAACAGAAACAUUGCUUUGUUUAAUGAUUUCUUUUAGUUUUUCAUGCAAACGAGGCUUUUGCCAUUUGUGUGAUCAGCUCGCGUUUGUUGGAGAAUAUGUCUUAGUUCAGUCCCCUCUGUGUCAGCUGAGACUCAUCUGAAACACUUAACCACCCACUGUGAAUCCACAGGCACCCGUAGGUUCACCGAGCCGAUCUUAUCGUCUGGAAUUAAUAGUUUUAUUACAGCAGCUCAAAAGUCAGUGUGAUAAAAACCCCGGAUCUGCAGGAGCCCCCAUUUAUUAAACUGUUAGUUGUGAAAAAUGUCUUUAAACCAGGUCAAAAAAUCAGCAUCUAAAGACCAAAUGAAAGAGUCUCAGUUCAACUGGAGGUUCAGAAUAAACUCAUUUUGUGGUGGAAACUAGCUAAAAAAAGCAGCAGGUUCAUCACGGUAAAUAAACAUUAUCUAAAUGAUAAUUUUGUUUUUGAAGACUAUGUUUUUGAUUUGAUUAGAUUUCUUUGUGUGCAUUGCUGAUUUUCUUGUUGGGAAAGUUUACAUAAUCCCUAUUUUGUGCCGAUAGCAUUUUACCAGUAAUGAUGGAUAAAGGGAAUUUGUGUGAGAAAAUAAAGCUUAUCAAAGUGGAAGUGAAGCCAUUUCAUCUUU